CCGGAAGCAAAAUAUAGUUGAGUUUUGCUGUACGACGAGUUCGAAAGUGUUCUUUAGUGUUGUUGAUGUUGAGUUAAAAAAAAGCAGAAAAAAUAUAUCUCGAACUAUUUUUUGGCUUGUAAACGAGUACAACUACAAUACUAAAUAUUUUAUUGUAUGUUGUCCCCAAUUUCAUCGAGUUUUCUUGGCCACGCAUUAUUUAUUAAUUAUUACAAUGAAUUUGGUAUCCAGUAAGGUUGUGUGUUGUUGAUGUUGUGCCUAGUUCACCCGUGGAAUUUUUUUUGCGAAUUUCGCUUUGGUAUUCAUUCGUUAAAGCAUGCUGAAGAGAACCAACCUAAUGUAUCAAMCGAAUUUUUAGUGUCACUUAUUCUAUUUCUGGCUAAGUUUUUCUUUCGAGAACAAAGAAGCAAAUUUUAACGCAAAGUGCAGAAAAAAUAUAACAAGAAAGAAAGAAGUAAAAAUCGGUGAAUAAGCCAAACACAAAAAGUGCUAAAGAAAGAACUGUCUUCCUGUUUGUGUGACUUACGGGUUGUUUUUCUGUUUGGCUGUGAGCGAAAUAUAAACUUCAGCGUGUCAGCAAAUCCGACGACAGAAAAAUCUGCAGAUAUUCGCMAGCUUUGGAAGAAUCAAGAAAGAUAAAUGUAAUUGCAGAGCAAGCUUAAUUUUUAAAAUUGCUUUGAAAGUUUAAUAUAUCUUUCAAACAUAAAGUCUAUCAACAUCAAAAAAAAAAAAAACCAUAAAGAUAUUAAAAAAAAGUGAUAUUGGCUUGCAAGACAAAAGAAUUUUAUGUCGGAAUUCAGCCUUGGCUAUGGAUUGUAAAUUUGUUGUAUAUAAUGCGGCUCGAGAUAACAACUUAUCGCAGUUGAAGAUUAGAAAAGUGCUAUGAUCGAGCAAAACAAAUAUUACGCAAAAGUACAAUAUGUUUUGGUUAUCCCAAAGCAUACCCUCUCCAAUAGAUCAGAGUCAGAAAUAAAGAUGGUUAUAUCUGCGAGAGUUAAUGGAGCAACACCAUUAGUAAUUGCCUGCCGAAACGGUCAUUAUAACAUUGUAGAAUAUUUGCUAAAACGACACGCCAAUGUUGAGCAAGUAGGUUCCGUGAGUUUUGAUGGUGAGCCCAUUGAGGAUGCGCCACCGCUAUGGUGCGCCGCAGCAGCUGGUCAUUAUGGUAUUGUAAAGCUCCUUGUUCAUCACGGGGCAAAUGUAAAUAGUACCACCCGCACUAACUCUACACCACUCCGCGCUGCUUGUUUUGAUGGACAUUUUGAUAUAGUCAAGUUUCUGGUGACCAAUGGUGCAGAUUUUGAAGUGGCAAAUCGACAUGGACAUACAUGCUUAAUGAUCGCAUGCUACAAAGGUCAUUACAAGAUCGCUCAGUAUCUAUUAACUUUAAAUGCAGAUGUGAAUCGGUGUAGUAUAAAAGGAAAUACAGCUUUGCAUGACUGCGCAGAAUCUGGUUCACUCGAGAUUUUGCAAUUGUUGUUAAAACAUGGCGCAACAAUGGAUGUCGACUAUUACGGUAUGACGCCGCUUUUGGCCGCGAGUGUGACGGGGCAUUUGCCAAUUGUAGAACAUCUUAUUACCUUGGCCUGCGUUAGUAGAAAAAGUCGCAUCGAUGCUUUAGAACUCUUGGGUGCAACAUACGUAGAUAAAAAACGUGACAUGAUCAGUGCUUUGUCCUUGUGGCGAAGAGCAAUGGAGGAUCGAAAUCAGGAACCUAAAAUACCAAAAACUAUCAGCGAACCAAUUGCAGCUUAUGAAUAUGUAUCGGAAGUGAAAACAAUAGAAGGACUCGAAGAGUUAGUUCUAGAUCCCGACGAAAUGCGAAUGCAAGCUUUAGUUAUACGACAGCGAAUUUUAGGUCCUACACAUCCUGAUACAAGCUAUUACAUACGUUUCAGAGGAGCGCAUUAUGCAGAUGCUGGACGUUUUGAUCGUUGUAUUGAGUUAUGGACGUAUGCUUUGACGAUGCAGCAGAAAAUUUUACAACCUCUCAGCCCAAUGACCCAAUCAUCUUUGUUAUCAUUUGCGGAACUGUUUAGUUUUAUGCUUGUUGAGGCUGGUCGUUUAUUGCCUCGCGGUCGCAUUGUUCCUCCAAUUGAAGCCAGAGAUAUGUUGCUGAUAUUUAAUAAGGCUGUUCUAGAAGUGGAGAGAGGCCUUAAAUGGACUAUAGAACAGGAAAAAAAUCCGGCCAUAGUACCAUCAAUACAUGAUUGUAAUCACGAUCCAAACGCGCUGAGUCGCGCCUUAGUAAGCGCUUUACAUAUUGGUUGUUUAUUGGCUUCCCUUGAAGAAGAUGAAAGUUUCUGCCCAAAUAUGCGCAAACAGAUUUUAUAUUCUUUGUACAAGUUGAAUCGGCUUAAAGUGUCUGUUCGAUCGGGACGAACAGCUCUACACUACGCUUGUUACCGAGAAGGAACACUUGUCGGUCGUUAUCCAGCUUGUCAGUUUCCUUCCCCAGCACUAGCUAAAGCUCUACUCGAAGUUGGAGCUGACCCAAAUGCUAGGGAUGAUGCAGGAAACUCUCCUUUGCAUUUGGCUGCAACAGCGCAACAAUGUCCUCGAACGCUUUCAAAAGUUCUUUUAAAACAUGGCGCGCAUCUGGAUGCCAAAAAUGAUGCCGGUGAAACCUUCGAAUCAUUAUUGAAACCCAGGAAAAUACAUGAAGUCGUCAAUCCAUUGAAAUAUACCACUCUGGCUUGUUUGGCUGCACGAACCGUACAAAAACAUCGAAUUAAAUAUAUGAACAUUGUGCCUCCAUCGCUUUAUACUUUUAUUGAAAUUCAUUAAUUGCUGUAGAGUGUCAAUACCGCGAUGAGUAAUGGUAUAUUGAACACUUAUAGUGUGGAUGACCAUUAACCAAGUGACAAAUGAUCGAGGUUAUAAAUAAUUUGUGAUCGUUUUUUCAAAUUUGAUUCAUUCUUAUUUUACAUGUAUAUUGCUUAUCGAGUGACAUAUAAGGAAACAUUUAAGUUAAUUUCUACUAACGUUCAUGUUUAUUUUUUAUUUUAUUUUUUUAAUAUUUGCACUGAUAAAUAUAAUGUAACGAAAUGCAGUAGAUUUUAGAGGGUUCAAUGUUAAUUUGCUUUUAAAUCAUUCAUUCGGAAAGGAACAAACCAUUGUAGGAUCAUUUUGUGACAAACAGAAAACUCUGUGCAAGUUACAAAUUAGAGGUAUUGAUAAACAUAUUAAGUUUUAUAUGAAAGUGUUUGAGUAAAAGAUGUCGAAAAGGCAAAAAUGUAAAA